CAGAUCAUCUCUCCCGGCUCAGGAGACUCAACCCCGCAAAAGGGAGACCUCGUCAAGGCUCACUACACUGGAACCCUGCUCGAUGGAAGCAAGUUCGACAGCUCACGGGAUCGGGGCGAUCCCUUCUCUUUCACCAUCGGGCAAGGACAAGUAAUCGCGUGUUGGGACGAAGCCUUCCUUACCAUGAAGAAAGGAGAGAGAGCUCUUUUGACUUGCACGGCUGAGAAUGCCUACGGAGACAGAGGAGCUGGAGAGAAGAUUCCUCCUGGCGCCACCCUCAGGUUUGAUGUGGAGCUCAUCGACUUUGGCAACAAAGCCAAGUCAGAGUUGUAG